AUGUAUAGAGUCAUGAAACGACAAUACUUGCUCUCUCUUCUUCGAACCAUUCGCGGAUACCGAUCAAAGGCGGAACAAUACCCGGCACCCUCCUGUGAUGAUGGCAGCAACUUAGCCAAGCGCACGCAUUCAUGCUCUGUGCCUGCUUCCGAUGAACCCCAAAUUGAGAUGAUGAGAUCACUGUUCAAGGGUUAUAAUCCCACGUUCAAGCUCCAUCCUCUUGGGUGGGAGGCAGAGUCUCUCCUGCUUUUGAGUCCUACACAGCAGAUGUGCUACUACAAUGGGAAAUUGUUCGGCGGGUACAUUGCCCUCUUGAUGGACCGCAUUCUUGCCGACAGCUGCAAAUCAGCAGUCACAGCCUACUUGAACACGUCUUACCUCCACUCGGUUCCGCCAACAGCUCCGAUACUUCUUCGAGCAUGGCCCGAUCGGGUUGAAGGUCGCAAGGUUUACUUGAAGGGUUCUCUCCAGAUUCCAGGAAAGGUUCCUCAAGAUUGGAUUGAGGCGAUCACAGCGGAUGCUUUGUUUAUAAAGCCAAAGGAUUGGGAAUGA